AUUCAAUCUACUAUUCUUGUUUUUGUGCAACGUUGGAUGUUGGGAGGAAGAGUGAUUAAUACUUCAUUAAGUUGUUGGUGCAAAAUAAGUGAUGGAGAGUCCUCAAUAUUAUGCACCACCCCAAAUUGUGGAUUCGUCGUCUCGUCCAUCUCUAGGAUUUCCUCUGGGGACUGCGCUUCUACUUCUUGUCGUUUUCAGCUUGAGUGGUGUUUUUUCUUGCUGUUAUCAUUGGGACAAAAUACGUACCCUACGACGUCGAUCUCUCGCUGAUAUCGAAGCCGGAGACGACGAUCCUUCAUCCUUGAAACCCAAACACACAAACACGAGUGAGAAGCAGAACCAAUGCCAAAGCAUGCCUGCAGUGUUGAUGCCAGGUGAUGUAGUUCCAAAAUUCAUAGCAAUGCCUUGUCCAUGUCAGCCGCCCAUACCGGAAAAAGUGGUGGUAGAAGAGCAGAAGCCACCGCAGCCUCCUCCUCCUAAACCAGUUCGUAUGGUAGUGGGAUUACCUUUAUAUUGAUAAAAAGGGAUCAUUACCGACAUGGGCUGUGAUGUAAUGGUCAGUUCGGUUCAUGCUUAAUCAGAAAUUUCAAAUUUGAGCUUUGAAUAUGGAGAAAAAUCUGUUGAAAGCAUCACCACCAAAUGGGUGGUUUGAAUUUAAUUGGAACUUCAAUACAAACAUCGAUUGAGAAAAGAGAGAAAGUAAAAAGGGGAUGUUGUUGUAUGUACAUAUACAUGAGUACUUGAGUAUAUAAAUUGAAUUUUAUUUCAAUCAUUCCCAAUCUCUUCAUUUGUAAAUACCAACGAAAAAUUUUCAGUUCCCUGAUUUGUAUAUACUUCAUCUAUCUAUCAAAAGUAUUCUUAAACAUUAU